AUGUGCCUCUUCCAGGACACCAACACAGAUUUGCCAGCACCAAAAUGUCGUGUCCUCAAUGCCACCCCCAUGACCCGGGCUCCGUUUCACCAGCGACUGAACCCGGGGCCAAGUACAAAGGCGGCCCAGGGACGGGGCGGAGGGGAGAGGGGUCUGGGGUCACGGCUCCCCUUGGCCCGGCCGGGGGGCAGGAACGGCAUCAUGAUGGAUGGACGGCUGGAGGUGAAGGUGCUGGGCCUGGCCCACCCGUCAGAGCUGGCGUUUGUCUUGGAGCCCAGCGAUGUGAUCGCCGUCCGGGAUCGUCCGUUGGUCCUCCACUGCCAAGUGGAAGGCGAGGCGCCCAUCGGCAUCACCUGGUACCGCAACGGAGUGGCCCUCUCCAAUGACAGCCAGACCACCAUCUUGGCCAACGGAUCCUUGCGUCUGGAAAGCAUCCAUCGGCGGCCCCGGGGAGGGAGCACCAAGGAAGACUCGUUCAACUCCAGCGCCGGGGAGUACAGCUGCACGGCUCAAAACUGUUACGGCCUGCUGGUCAGCCGCAAGGCUCGCAUCCAGAUCGCCACUUUAUCCAAGUUCCAUGUGCACCCAGAAUCCAUGUCUGUUGAAGAAGGCGGUGUUGCUCGCUUCCAGUGCUUGAUCCUGGGUGUCCCAGAAGCCACUAUCACAUGGGAACACAAUCGGACAGCGCUGCUGACAGACGACUAUCGAUUUACGCUUCUGCCCACGGGCAUCCUACAGAUCACCGGCGUGAGUCGUUCCGACGUGGGCACCUACUGUUGCGUGGCGAGGAACAUUGCCAACACCCGCCACAGCCAGGAGGCCACCCUGAGCAUCAGUGUGUCCGUUCCCAAGGUCUUUAAAGAGCCGGUCAUCUUGUCCGGACCGCAGAAUCUGACCAUUACGGUGCACCAGACCGCCAUUCUGGAAUGUAUUGCUACGGGGAAUCCUCGUCCUAUCGUGUCCUGGAGUCGCCUGGAUGGGCGCUCCAUUGGCGUGGAAGGGAUCCAGGUUCUCGGCACCGGCAAUCUCAUGAUAUCGGAUGUGUCGGUGAAGCAUGCUGGGGUUUACGUUUGUGCCGCCAACCGCCCUGGCACUCGGGUGCGCCGCACAGCACAAGGUAUCCUGAUGGUACAAGCGCCGCCAGAGUUCGUGCAGUGGCCUCAGUCCCUCUCCAAAAUGCCCGGCACCAGCGCCAUCUUCACCUGUGUGGCACAGGGUGUGCCCGAGCCUCACCUGAUCUGGCUGAAGAACGGGAAGGUCCUGGCCCCUGGCGAAAACAUCAAGCUCACUCACAACAACAGCACCCUAAUGAUCCAGGCGAUCACGUCUGCCGACGAGGCCAUCUACCAGUGCAUCGCGGAGAACAGCGCUGGCACCAACCAGGCGAGCGCCCGGCUGGCCGUGGCCCUGUCCAAGGAGCUGCCCGGUUCCCCAGAAGGUGUGCGGGCCGUGGCCCUCUCCACCACCUCCAUCCGGGUCUCUUGGCUGGAGCCUUCCCUGGAGGUGACCGAGGCCAUCAUCGGCUACGUGCUUCACAUCCGCAAGGCGGGAGAAUCCGACAGCCGAGAGCUGCAGGAGGCGGUCAGCAAAAGCACCUUCCAGCAUGUCUUCACCAACCUCGAGCCCUCGACCACGUAUUCCAUCUACCUGAAGGCCUAUUCCCCCCUGGGGGCCAGCCAGGACUCCCAGCCCAUCCUGGCAACCACCCUGGGCAGCAUCCCGGCUGCCUUGGGCUUCUUCACCAAGGUCCUGAACAUCAGCACCAUCCAGGUGUUUUGGGAGCUGCCGUCGAAGCCCGGUGGGAUUGAAGGGUUCAGGGUCUACCUUCGGAAGCUGCCCAGUGCCCACUACGAGGGGCCGCAGAUCUUGCCUGGCACGGCCAACUCCUUCAUCUACAGCAACUUGGAACCGGCCAUCUACGAGAUCAAACUCCAGGCGUUCAACGGGAACGGCGACGGGAACAGCAGCCUGCGAUUUGUCUCACUCCGGGAGAACUCAGAGAGACUGGAUGCCAACUCGGUUUGCCAAUGCCGACAAGAUGGGGACACCUCCCUGGCUGGCAUUGUGGUCGGCGUCCACAUCGGCAUGGCGUGCAUUAUUUUUUGCGUCCUCUUCCUGAUGUUUGGCUACCGCAAGAGCCUUUUCUGCAGGAAAGGAGCGCAAGAAAAUUGGACGGUCCCGCAAGGAACCGAAUUGGUGCCAACCAGCUGCCAGGAUCCUCCUCUUACCCUGCGCAAGCCAGAGAGCAGGGCAAAACCUCCGGAAAUGGUGGAACCGGUUCCUCGGAACAGCUCCUCAGAUGGACACACCACCCGGGACGGUCCUCAUUUCGAAGUCACAGUUGAGCGCUGCCCUCUGUCCCAGCCCAGUGGUUAG